ACUUUUCCAUCAUUCGAAGCCAAUCUACUUCUUCAGCUCUUGAUAGAAAAGCAAAAAUAGCAAAGAUGCAGCUCACUCCAAGUUCCUGCACCAGAGUCCUGGCACUGCUGGCAGUCCUCCUCUUGCUGUCAAUCAAUGCAGUAGCUCCCCAACAAUGCAAUCUGAAGUGCAGUGACAAAAUGAACCAUUCUGCAACAAGUCUAUAUGCAAUGAAGUUACAUGAAAAUUACUACUCGCCAUUGAACAAUCUAAAUAUUGAUGUGAAAGUGUAUAGGACAAAAUGUCCUGAUCUGAAUACUCCUGGACCAUCAUGGUUUAAAGUGGAAGCUUUUGUUGAAAACACGAAACAUACAAUUGGAGAGUUUGAGACUUUUAAAGACACAGAAAAUUCAGAAGCCUAUACCAUUAAAGACAAUACAGCUAUUGAAUUCUCUACAUGGGAUGCAGUUUCAAUCUACGAUUUGCCUAGAACUUACCAGUGGAAAAAAGAGGCUGGCAACAAUGGAACCAUAUGUUUCAGGUUGACAGUAUUAGUUGACAAGUGCAGACAAAUUGUGCAAUGCAUUCUACCACGAACAUUGAGUAUGAACUCUUCUGAGGAGCACUUUGGAAGCGGAGAUAUCAACUUGUUCUUGCCUAAUUCUGGACAAGAACUGCCUGAAGAUGAAGAUGCCGUACUACCAAUCCCAGAACAUUGUCAGAACAACUGCACAAACGUAAAACAAGGAUCAUUUUGCUCUAUACCUUACGAUAGAAAAAGUUACAGCAGUAGAUGUGAAUGGAGAGUCCAGAAAUGUGCACUGAGAGCUCGUGGAGUUGACGUUCAACCCAUGGAGGUUAUAAAUUGUGGUGAUAGGCCAAAUUCAACAAAUGUUGAUUACAAAAAUUGUUGGGAGGAAAAAAGAGAGGAUGGAAAAUGGAAUGAAGGAUGUAAUUGCAAAGGAUACUAUAAGAGUAUACAAUGCAGAGUAACUGAGAAAGAAGAAACGAAGUGCUGGUGCUCUAAUCCCAAUGGUAGCCAAUGGAGCCCUGAUCCACAAAUAAAAUAUCAAUGUACAGAUCCUAAAGAAUAUGAAUAUCCAUCGUAUUUGCAAGCGUGUCUACCGCAGUAAAAGUGAAAAACCACUCAUUCGAAGACUCCACACUCAAGCAUAGAACAAUCAAAUUACUUUUAUACGGCUUUAUACUUUUAUACUUUUAUACGGCUUUAUUUUCCGUGCAUUCAUUUAUUCUCAUUAUAUACAUGAUCUAUUAUAAUUAUAUAAUUACUACACAAUGCAUUUGAUCCUCUUAUAAAUUAUAUAAA